AUUAUUAUUUUCUCUUACCCGUCCGUACGAUUUCCCACCAUAAUUCAGCUGCUUCUCUCAACAAACUUAUCUUGUGAUGAGAAAGACCUCCUGAAUCCCCAGAAAACCCCAUCAUCAAAAUUCUCUACGUAAACAUUUCAAAUCCCAUAAACAACUUUUGGGUUCCUCUGUCUUUUUCCACCAAACAAACCAAAAAAACAUGUCAUUUCUCUCUGGUAUGAUCAUUGGCUUCGCCAUUGGUGUCGCCUUGAUCAUCGUCUUCGCUCGUGCCACCAGUUCCCGAUCCAUUCGUCGCUCCGAUUUGGCAAAAACGGUGGCAGCAUUUGCAAGAUUAACAGUCCAAGAUUCAAGAAAACUUCUUCCUAAUGAGUUUUGUCCACCUUGGGUCGUCUUUGUCCAGCGCCAGAAGUUAACUUGGCUGAAUUCCCACCUUCACAAGAUUUGGCCAUAUGUUAAUGAGGCAGCAUCUGAGCUGAUAAAAAACAAUGUGGAGCCUGUACUUGAACAAUAUAGACCAGCUAUACUAUCUUCUCUUAAGUUCUCCAAGUUGACACUUGGUACUGUGGCUCCACAAUUUACAGGAGUUUCCAUUGUUGAAGAGGAAAGUAAUGAAAAAGGAGUAACUAUGGAGCUGGAGAUGCAGUGGGAUGGUAACCCAAAUCUUGUACUUGAUGUUAAAACCAGAGUAGGUGUUGUACUACCUAUACAGGUGAAAAAUAUUGGAUUCACUGGGGUUUUCAGGUUGAUCUUCAAGCCACUUGUUGAUGAGUUUCCUUGUUUUGGAGCAGUUUGUUAUUCCUUGCGUGAAAAGAAAAAACUGGAUUUUAAACUUAAAGUCGUUGGCGGUGAUAUAUCAUCAAUCCCAGGAAUUUCUGAUGCUAUUGAGGAAACAAUACGAGAUGCUGUCGAGGAUUCCAUUUCAUGGCCAGUGCGUAAAAUUGUACCCAUUUUACCUGGGGAUUACAGUGAUCUGGAGUUGAAGCCUGUUGGGACGCUAGAGGUGAAGCUUGUGCAAGCAAAGAACCUGACAAACAAAGACUUAGUUGGGAAAUCAGAUCCUUAUGCUGUGUUAUUCAUACGCCCACUUCGUGAAAAAACGAAAACCAGUAAAACAAUUAACAACCAAUUGAAUCCAAUCUGGAAUGAGCAUUAUGAGUUUAUAGUUGACGAUGUAUCGACUCAACACUUGACCGUAAGAAUAUUUGACGAUGAAGGGAUUCAGGCUUCUGAAUUCAUUGGCUGUGCUCAAGUAGCUCUGAGGGACCUCGAGCCGGGUAAAGUGAAGGUUGUGUGGUUAAAACUAGUCAAGGACUUGGAGAUCCAGAGAGAUACUAAAGACAGGGGUCAGGUGCAUUUGGAACUUUUGUACUGUCCUUUUGGUGCUGCGAAUACCUUUAAAAACCCUUUCAACCCUGAUUUUGCAUUAACCUCUUUGGAGAAGGCGCUUAAGAGCGAAGCUAAUGGAACAGAACCUGGUCAUAAGAAGAAGAAAGAUGUAAUUGUUAGAGGUGUACUAUCUGUGACGGUCAUAUCCGCCGAAGGCUUGCCACAAGUUGAUUUAAUUGGAAAAGCUGACCCCUAUGUUGUCCUUAUAAUGAAGAAAUCUGAAACAAAAUUCAAGACAAGGGUUCUAACCGAGACCUUGAAUCCGGUUUGGAAUCAAACAUUUGACUUUGUUGUGGAGGAUGCAUUACAUGAUAUGCUAAUCAUCGAGGUCUGGGACCAUGAUACUUUUGGGAAGGAUAAACUGGGAAGAGUAAUCAUGACACUUACUAGGGCCAUACUGGAAGGAGAAUUUCAGGACAGUUUCCCACUUGAAGAUGCAAAAUCAGGAAGGCUUAAUUUGCAUCUAAAGUGGACGCUUCAGCCUAUCUAUCGCGAUUCUUAGUUCGAAGGAAGGCAAUGAUGGAUAUGUUAUCUUUGCUAGAGUUGGCAAGUUCAAAUCAUAUUGCAUUUUAUUCAUUUCUAAGAUUGGACACUACAUGUAGAUGAAUGCUGACCUAUAAAGAAGCUUCAAAGGCUAAAAUUCAUUGGACCAUUUCUCACUGAACUUGAACAGAUUUCAGAAUUUAGUUUCUCUGUAAAAGCCACUCCGAAAAUUGAAGGAAGUCCAAAGGGCAUAGUUUAGAGAUUGAGGGGACCAAGCAACAGUUCUGCCAUGGUAAGAAUUAGAAGGUUAGUAAAGAAGGGGUAUUUUUAUAGCUAAUGUAAUCUUUAACUAGUCAUUUUUUUUAUAAUGAUAAUUAAUCAAGAUGUGGAUAAACAGACUGUAAAUGAUGUAUUGAAAACAUGCAGCUUAGAAUGUGAUGUUAAAAAUUUAAUAGAUUUGUCAGAUAUAAAUUUUCUACUGUCA